AUGAACAGUAAAAAUCAGAUAGUAGCAACAGCUAAUAUCAUCAACAACAUGUAUCGGCUUAACACUCCUGGAGGAGACUAUGCAUGCAUGUCUGAAGUUGGAGAACAAAAUAUUUUUCUGUGGCACCAAAGAAUGGGACAUCUUAAUUUUGACAGAUUAAAGAAAAUGCCUGAAAAUGCUGACCAUGUAACUUUCUCAGCAAAUACACAAAGUCUGACAUGUGUCACCUGUAAAGAAGGUAAGCAAACACGGCUACCUUUUAAAAGUGAAGGAAACAGAUCAACGGUUCCUCUUCAGCUGGUACAUUCUGAUAUAUGUGGCCCCAUGGAAACACAAACAAUAGGAAGUGCCAAGUAUUUCCUAACGUUCACAAACGAUUAUACUAAGAACGUUAAUGUGUAUUUUCUUAGUAAAAAGAGUGACACACUUACAAAAUUCAAAGAGUUCAAAAAUGAAGUAGAAAAUCAAUUAAAUAGCCUUAUUAAGAUUCUAAGAACAGAUAAUGGCCUAGAGUAA